AUAGAUCGAGCAUCCCUCCACUCUGUUUAAUUGCAGCUUCCUUGACCCCGGCCCCCGUGCAAAUAUAUAUCACAUGCAGUACUAUAUAUCUUCCUCGAUCACUCCCAUGAUUUGAGUUGCAGUCGACGACGACUGCAGGGAUAUUAUUACAGAGAGAGAGAGAGAGAGAGAGAGAGAGAGAGAGAGAUCAUGGGAAGGGCUCCAUGUUGUUCAAAGGUUGGAUUGCAUAGAGGUCCAUGGACUCCUAGAGAAGACAUAUUGCUUACCAAGUAUAUUGAAGCUCAUGGUGAAGGUCAUUGGAGAUCUUUGCCCAAAAAGGCUGGGCUCCUGAGGUGUGGAAAGAGCUGCAGACUUAGAUGGAUGAACUACCUAAGACCAAAUAUAAAGAGAGGGAAUAUCACCCCUGAAGAGGAUGACCUCAUUAUCCGCUUACAUUCCCUUCUUGGCAAUCGAUGGUCCCUCAUCGCUGGCAGGCUUCCUGGCCGUACUGACAAUGAGAUUAAGAAUUAUUGGAACACCCAUCUCCGUAAAAAGCUCAGAGCUCAAGGAACAGAUCCCAACACCCACAAAAAGUUGAUCAUAGAAGAAGAGCCAGUACUCCAAGAUCAUUCAAAGAUCAGCAGCAAGAAGAACAAAAACAACAACAACAAAAGCAACAACAACGUCAGGAAGCAGGUGGUCGUCAAGAACAAGAAGUGCAUCAAGAGCAUCUCAAAUGAUGUAGAGACACAGAAGCCAAAGGUUCAUCUCCCAAAACCAGUACGGUUUACUUCUUUUUCGAUGAUACCUAUGAUUCAAAGCUUCGAACGCAGUACUACUACAAUAUUUAAUACUAGUACUACUACUGAGACUUCAAGGCAAGAAAAUAUUAAAGAAGGAUCAUCAUCAUGUUCUGGCUUUGGUUCAAAGGUGGAAGAUAUUCCUUGGUCAUGUGAUACCAAAAAUGGUGAAAAUAUUAAUGGGGUAUUUGGCCUUCUUAAUGAUGGUGGUGAUCAAGAUGAAGAUCAUCAUGGUACUGCUGUCAUGAAUGGCUUAGAUUUUGACCAGUGCCAGUACUCUAAUUUAGCUACAGGAGACAAGUCUCUAGAGAAGCUUUAUGAGGAGUACUUAGAGCUCCUGAAGACAGAUGAUCAAAACCAUGUUCAUGAAUUAGAUGCCUUUGCAGAAUCGUGUUUGGUUAUCUGAAAAAUGAAGGACAAGAUUUAAAAAAAGGGACGUUUCGAAUCA